CCCGCCCAGCGCGGACGUGCGCCGCCCGCCCGCGGACGACACGAGCACGAACUUACUCGCGCUCUACAAGAGUUUUAAAGUGUAUCAAGUGCUGUUCGGAACCCUCUCACGAAUUAAUGUUAUACAUCAUACAGACAGCGCGCUGGGGUUGGACUCGUAAGGGCGGAAGUUAGUUAGUGGUAAUUAAUGUUAAUGCGAAAGCCUAAACUUGUCGGUCGAUUUAUGUAAUUCUUAUUUUAUGUUUCAAAUCUUUUUAACCUUCGACCCAAAAAUAGGGGUGUUAUAAGUUUGACGUCGAUGUCUGUCUGUCUGUGUGUGUGUAUGUCUGUCUGUGACAUUAUAACCCUCAAACGAGUAGACAGAUUUCGAUACAGUUUUUUCAUUUGAAUAUUAAUUUUCUUUGACCUAGCAAAUUUAUAUUGUUGCAAAACCAUUUAAACUUUUAAAGUACAAAAAUACUUUUUCCGUACGCCUGCAAUUGAAUUUAAAAAAAAUUUAGUGUUUUAUUUAAAAAUAAAUAAUUUAUAAUUUUAUUAUUUAAACUACCGUGAGUUUAUAAGUUUAAAAUAUUUUUACCAUCAUAUAAAAAAAUUUACCACGGUGUGCACUCCAGAGAUGCGAGAAUGCGCUGCCUACCCUGAGGACUCUUUAUGAACCUAUUAUUGGAGAAGGAACAUAUUGUACUGUUGUUUCAUAAAGUUCAUACCCCAGUUAAACACCUUAAGCACGCCGCUGCGGGUGAGCAUGGCUCGCGCCGCCGUCGCGCUGCUGCUGCUGCUGGGCGCGCCGCCCCGCGCGCCGCACCGCGCCCCGCGCCCGCCCACCGCCGCUAACACCUCCGCAGCCUUCGAAACCUUUUACUCGGACAUACAUUUCUACGAAUCCAAUGACUUCCGCUAUAAACGUGAAUCCCAUCCCCUCAUCGGCCCGUUCGACAUCUCCAACAUGUUCAGGAAGAGAAAUCGGCUCAAGGAGGGCACCCCCCCGCCCACGCCGCCCACCGCGUCCCCUCUGCUGUCCGCGCGCGCGACGCGGCCGGCUCCGGCCACGGAGCGGUCUGCAGCAGCCACAGAGCUCACUGCUGCAGCAGCCACAGAGAUCACUGCUGGUGCAGCCACAGAGCUCGCUGCUGCAGCAGCCACAGAGAUCACUGCUCCGCAGCAUACCACAGUGAGCGGAACAGAUACUACUCUGAUCACUGAUCGACAUAUAACAGCAAAUAAAAAUAAAACUAUUGAUGAUUCAUCUGAAUAUGCUGCUGAAGCAAACGAUUUUAAUAUAUCAGUAAGAACAGAUGUUAAUAAAAGUAAUUUCGAAGUGAAUACUACAGUAAAUCUUAAAACAUCCGGUGCAGCCGUUUCUGUUGCCGAUGUUAAGCCGGAAGACAUUCAAAAUGUAAAACUAAAAAAUAAGUCAAAACAUAAAAACAAAAUAUCGCGCAAAUCAAAAAGUGUCGUGACGACUGAGCCCCAGCCUACCGUCGCCGCGUCGAAUGCUAGCGACAGUGAGACAGGUGCUGGCGCCGGCGCCCACCAUGCCGCCGCGGACGAGGGCGCGUGGCCGGUGAAGCGCGCCGCCGUGCUGGAGGGAGACAUCAUCCUCGGUGGACUCAUGAUGGUGCACGGGCGCGCGGCGGGCGGCGGGGCGGGCGGCGCGCGCUGCGGGCCGCUGAUGGCGCAGGGCGGCGUGCAGGCGCUGGAGGCCAUGCUGUUCGCGCUGGACGAGGCGGCGCGCGCGCAGCUGCUGCCGCCCGGCGUGCGGCUCGGCGCGCUGGUGCUGGACGACUGCGACAGCGACACGCGCGGGCUCGAGAUGGCGCUCGACUUCAUCAAGGGCUCCAUCAGCAACAUCGACGCGGCGGAGUCCGGCUGCAACUCGUCGGCGGUGCGCAAGGUGAUCUCCGGCGUGGUGGGCGCCGCCUCCAGCGUCACCUCGGUGCAGGUCGCUAACCUGCUGCGUCUGUUCAAGAUCCCGCAGGUGUCGUACUUCUCCACGUCGCCCGAGCUGUCCAACAAGGCGCGCUUCGAGUACUUCACGCGCACCAUCCCCUCCGACCUGCACCAGGCGCGCGCCAUGGUGGCCAUCGUCAAGCGCUUCGGCUGGCGCUACGUCUCCAUCAUCUACGAGGAGUCCAACUAUGGUAUAAAGGCGUUCGAGGAGCUGGAGACGCUGCUGCAGCGCGACGACAUCUGCAUCGCGGUGAAGGAGCGCCUGGCGAAGGACUCGGGCGCGGCCGACGAGCGCGCCUACGACGCCAUCGUGGACCGGCUGCUGUCGCGGCCCCGCGCGAGAGGCGUGAUCGUGUUCGGCUCGGACCAGGAGGUGGCGCGCGUGAUGGCGGCGGCGCGGCGGCGCGGCGCGGCGCGCGCGUUCGGCUGGGUGGGCAGCGACGGCUGGAGCGCGCGCGCGCUGGUGUCGGCGGGCCACGAGCGCGUGGUGGAGGGCACGGUCAGCGUGCAGCCGCAGGCGCGCCCCGUGCGCGGCUUCCGCGAGUACUUCCUGGCGCUGCGCCCGCACACCAACCGCCGGAACCCCUGGUUUGUCGAGUUCUGGGAGGAGCAGUUCCGCUGCCGGCUGGCGGAGGGCGCGGGCGGCGCGGGGGCGGGCGGCGCGGGGCGGGCGCAGUACGCGCCGUGCUCGGGCCGCGAGCGGCUCUCCGCAGACAACACGGAGUUCGAGGCGCAGCUGCAGUUCGUAGCGGACGCCGUGUGGGCCUUCGUGUACGCCAUCCGGGACAUGCACCGCGCGCUGUGCGGGCCGCGCGCGGGGCUGUGCGGCGCCAUGCGGCCGGUGAGCGGGCCCGCGCUGCUGCGAUACCUGCGUCAAGUGCGGUUUGUAGGACUCAGCGGCGACGAGUUCCAGUUCGACGCGCACGGCGACGGGCCCGCGCGCUACAACAUCCUGCACUUCAAGCGGGUGGCGCGCGCCGUGUACCGCUGGGUCAACGUGGGCCAGUACCGGGACGGCGAGCUGCAGCUGCGCAUGGACGAGAUCCAGUUCAAGUGGGAUGAGCCUCAGCACCCGGAGUCGGUGUGCAGCGCGGAGUGCGAGCUGGGGCAGGCCAAGCAGUACGUGGAGGGGGAGAGCUGCUGCUGGCACUGCUUCAACUGCACGCAGUACGAGAUUCGCUCGCCGCAGUCGGCCACGGCGUGCGUGGAGUGCGCGCGCGGCUCGCUGCCCGACGCGCGCCGCACGCGCUGCGCGCCCGUGCCCGAGCUGUACCUGCGCGCCUCCUCGCCCGCCGCCGUCGGCGCCAUGGCCUUCUCCGCCGCCGGCAUCCUGCUCACGCUGCUGGUGGGCGGCGUGUGGCAGGCGCGCCGCAGUACGCCGGUGGUGCGCGCGAGCGGCCGCGAGCUGUCGUUCGUGUUGCUGGCCGGCAUCCUCAUGUGCUACUUGGUGACCUUCGCGCUGGUGCUCCGUCCCACUAACUUCCUGUGCGCCGUCCAGAGGUUCGGCACCGGCUUCUGCUUCACGGUGGUGUACGCGGCGCUGCUGACCAAGACCAACCGCAUCGCGCGCAUCUUCGACGCCAGCAAGCACUCCGCCAAGCGCCCCUCCUUCAUCUCGCCACGCUCGCAGCUGCUCAUCUGCGCCGUCUUGGUCUCCAUCCAGGUGGUGAUCGUGGUGGUGUGGCAGCUUGCGUCGCCCGCGCGCGCCGUGCGCCACUUCCCCACGCGCGAGGAUAACAUGCUGGUGUGCGACUCGUACGUGGACGCGUCCUACACCAUCGCCUUCUUCUACCCGGUCGUGCUCAUCGUGGUGUGCACCGUGUACGCCGUGCUCACCAGGAAGAUCCCGGAGGCGUUCAACGAGAGCAAGCACAUCGGGUUCACGAUGUACACGACGUGCGUGAUCUGGCUCGCCUUCGUGCCGCUGUACUUCGGCACGGCGAGCCACGUGCCGCUGCGCGUCACCAGCAUGGCGGUCACCAUCUCGCUCAGCGCCAGCGUCACGCUCGCGUGCCUGUUCGCGCCCAAGAUGUACAUAAUACUGAUUCGGCCGGAGCGGAAUGUGCGCGGCAACCUGAUGCCGGCCAAGUGGCGAGCGCGGGCGGCGCGGGGGGCGGGGCCGGGCGCCGUGUGCGCCGCGCUCGUGGGCGCCGCGCCCCUGCCGCGCACCACGCCCUCCACAGACCUGUCCACCUUGGACACCACAGAACGUUCCACAUCCACCGACAGACAAGUGCAGACAGAGGACUUCAAGAGCAGUCCAAAAAACGGUGCCAUAGAACGCAACGGCCUCUGCCUCGACCCCAAGCAGUUGGCGGAGCUCGGCGCGCUGCCGGAGUUCCAGCCGGGCGGCGGCGCUGCGCGGCGGCGCCGGGCCACCGCGGAGCCCGCCGUGCGCGUGGCGGUGGCCGUGGUGGGCGCCAGCGCCGGGCCCGCGUUAUAGCGCGCCGCGCGCCCGCCGCGCCGGCCCGUGCUCGUGUGAGCCCGUGCCGACCUGCCGGUGCAGCCGUUGUGUUAGUGAAGUGUGAGAGUCUAUUUCCUGUCCUCUACCCACGACGCAAAGCUCACGUUGUGUUUUUAAAAAGUUUAUCGAACAAAUAUUAUGUGAUACUAAUUUUUAAGUUAUAGUUAGCUGUUUUUAAAAUAAAUAUUGACCAAAAAGA